CCGCUCCUCCUAGGAGCCCGCGGGGAGGACGCCGCCGCCGGCGAGGGAGUCUCGGUCUCCAGAGCGGCUGUCAGUAGGAGGGAAGCCGUCACCUGACGUGCUCUCUGGGCCGAACACAAUAAAACGCCCUGAACACCGAGGUUGUCCCGCUCCCUCUUCCCCCCCUCCGCCACAGCGUGUACGGAGCGCCCAGCUCGAGGGCCGGCGGCCGGGCGUCGGACAUUUUGCAGCACUCUCGCUCUCGACACGGGAGUGCGGGCGGGAAAGGGUGCUGGGCCACCCAGGCCAAUGGGAGGCACUGACUCGAAGCGGAGCUUCCCUGCCCACAGAGCACGGUGGAGCCCCAGCCCGGGACAGCCUCAAGCAAACUAUAAGGCUGAAGGAGACUAAAAGAUCCGGGGCUUAGCAAGAAAGCAGGAAGAACGCGAUCUGACGCAAGGAAGUGCCUCGGGCGCGUCGGCCCGUAGUUAAAAAACCGGCGACGGCGAGGAUUCUGGGACUUGUAGUCUCACCGGGCUUUUGUGUGGAAGAUGGCGGGGUACUCCGUUGCGCGUGCGCAGCCGUGGCGCCCAGCCGCGCACGCGCACCAAUUUCGAGCGCACGCCGCUGGGGGGCGGAAUUCGCCCGAGUCCUCGCGCCUUCUCGCGGUGGCGGGAAAAGUUGGCCGAGGCGGCAGCGAUGCGCGGGGCGGCCGCGCCAGGCGAAGCCGCGCCUCGGCGUUAGGCCCUCGUCGCCACGAGAGGUCGCCGGCUCCUGUGCAGCUGCAGAGAGGCGAAGAAACAGCUGAACUGAGUGAUGGCGAUGGUGCAAGGUAACGGAGAACAUGAAAAGGGAACAAAGAAAACCUUUGCUCCACCUACACAAAAGUCACAUAGCGUGAAACCUCAGCCUAAGCCAUGGAAGGAGGACUCCCCCGGGGCCAGGUCUCCAGAGGUAGAGGCCAAGCCCAGCCAGCUCAGCGCCAGCUUAGAGAAGAAGGAGCAGAAGGCAGCCACAGAGAAUGGUCCAGGCAGGGGCCGGGAGAAAAAGCGAAAGGCUCAUGACAAGCCUGCAGAGAAGAGAGGAAAGGAAAAAACAACUCUUACCAAUGCAGAAUUUGAGGAGAUUUUCCAGACUGUACUGCAGAAGUCCCUGCAGGAGUGCUUGGGGUCUGGCCUUAAUUUUGCAGAGACUUCCUGUGUCCAACGCACAAUACCUACCAAAGCAGACAAAGAACCGGGAAUUGCUCCUUCUACCACUGAUAAUGAAAAUGCUGAUGGAGAGAAGGAAAUAGUACCUGCAUCUUCUCCAGAAGAGGAAGUGAACUCUGAGAUAAGGACAUCUGAGCUAGGCCAGCCAGCUACCAAACCCUCCAAGAAGAAAUGUAACAGAUUGUGUUUAAGCAAAAGAAAGAAGAAGGCUGAAAAUGAGAAAAUGGAGAAAAUCCAAGAUGGACAUGAGUGCACUCUGAGAGACAAACAGAAGACAAUGAUUCAGGAUCAUUCUCAGAUCAAGGGCCAGCAGAAAGAAGAGGAAGGUGGUUUUGGCCACUGUCUCAUCUGGGUCCAGUGUUCCUUUCCAAAGUGUGAGAAGUGGAGGCAGCUCCGUGGAAACAUUGAUCCCUCAGUUCUCCCAGAUAACUGGUCUUGUGACCAGAAUCCAGACCUGAACUAUAAUCGCUGUGACAUUCCCGAGGAAACCUGGACGGGCCGUGAGAGCGAUGUGGCCUAUGCCUCCUACGUUCCAGGGUCCAUCGUCUGGGCCAAGCAGUAUGGCUACCCCUGGUGGCCAGGCAUGAUAGAAUCUGACCCUGACCUGGGGGAGUACUUUCUUUUUGCUUCGCAUCUUGAUUCUCUGCCGUCUAAGUACCAUGUGACAUUUUUUGGAGAAGCAGUUUCUCGUGCGUGGAUCCCAGUGAGCAUGCUGAAGAACUUCCAGGAGCUGUCCCUGGAGCUAGCCAGAGUGAAAAAAGGAAGGAACAAGGACUAUAACCAGAAACUGGAGGCAGCCAUAACGAUGGCUCACAAGGCAGAACAGAUCAGCGUUCAGGAGCGGGUUAACUUGUUUGGUUUCUGGAGUCGAUACAGCAGAGCUGACAUCAGUGAAGAAGGGCAAGAUCUGAGGCUCAGUGAGUCCAACAGCCCUGAGUCUUGUCUGGAGAAAGACGAGAGGGACUCAGAGGAGGAGGAGGAGGAGAAAGAAGAGAAGGAAGAUCCAACUUUGCCUAGACCCAAGCCAGCUAAACUACAGACCAAAAAAACCAAGUCAAGAGAUCCAGCGGGAAGAGGAGAUGGGACUCCAAAAAAGCCUGUGAAGAAUUCUCCUAGCAGUGAAGCCCCAGAGCCUCCUGUGCCCAUGUUGAGAGGGAAGGAGGCACAGGCGAGUUCAGACCUCGACCGUCCAGGCCCUAAGAAGAAAUUCAAAGCUCCUGAAAGCAAGGCCCCAGCCACCAACUUAUCUGAGGAAAAAGAAGUCAAAAUUGUGUCGAAGUGCCCUAUCCCAGCAGCUCGGCAUGGGGUUUCUCCAUGGGGAAAGGAAGGGCCUGGGCGCCACGUGCCCCUGACACAGGAGGCAACAAGUUUCCUCCGUGAAGAUGAUGGUUCCAGCGACCUGGACCUGGAGCAGCUCCUGGACGACAUUGGCGAGCCGGACGAGGGAGGGGAGCUGCUGCGGAGGGGCAGCUCAGAGGAGUCGCUGGCCGCGCUGUUUGAGGAGUAGCUGUUGGUCCUCCUGCUGCUGUCUGUGGCAGGGGCUCUCAGUUCUGGAGCAGCUGGUCAGGGUAGGGGUUGUGGACCUGCUCCGUGGGUCCAGUCCUGUGCAGCCUGUGUUAAUAAAGCGGGACUCUGGGUUA